GAAGCCGUCGUUCCUCGCGAGUGGAACUCGUUCCAUAUUUGACAUUUUCAUUUAAUUAUUAACGUUGACGAUUUAAAGCUGUGGAAGAUGAGUGAGUGAGUGAGUGUAUAGUUUUUUUUUCUCGUGUGACGUCAGAGCUUCGUCUUCAGUCCGAAGUGUUUCUAGAAGAAGCUCCUCCCACAACAUGGCCGACCAGUGGCAGAACGCCAUGGACCACGCGGUCGCCAUCGCACGAAAAGCUGGAGAGGUGGUGCGUGAGGCUCUGCGUGGCGACAGGAAGGUCAUGACAAAGAGUUCAUCGAUUGACUUGGUGACACAAACUGACCAGAAGGUGGAGCAGCUCAUCAUCCAAUCAGUGAAGGAGAGAUUUCCUGCACAUAGAUUCAUAGGGGAGGAGUCAGUGGCGGCAGGUGAACCAUGUGACCUCACAGACCAGCCCACCUGGAUCAUCGACCCCAUUGAUGGAACCACCAACUUUGUUCACGCAUUUCCUUUUGUUGCUGUUUCCAUCGGCUUCUGUGUUGAUAAGAAGGUGGAGUUUGGCGUUGUUUACAGUUGUCUUGAAGAUAAAAUGUUUGUGGCGCGUCGCGGCAGAGGAGCGUUCUGUAACGGAGAACCUCUGAAGGUUUCUGAUCAGGAAGACAUCAAGCGCUCAAUUGUUGUCACAGAGUUUGGAUCAAAUCGAGACCCGGACGCUGUCGACAGAAUCUUCUCCAGUCUGAGGAAGAUCGUCUGUCUCCCUGUGCACGGUGUGCGCAGCGCAGGAACCGCUGCCAUCAACCUGUGUCUGGUUGCGUCCGGUUCUGUUGAGGCUUAUUAUGAGAUUGGGAUCCAUGUGUGGGACGUUGCCGCUGGCUCGCUGAUGGUGACGGAGGCGGGCGGAGUCUUGCUGGAUGUGGAGGGCGGAGACGUGGACCUCAUGUCUCGCAGAAUCGUCGCUGCUAACAACAGAGCAGUCGCCGGGCAGAUUAUCCGGCAGCUCAACGUUUUCUCUCCGCCCAGAGACGACACCCUGCCUUCACAUGAGUGAAGAGCAGUGCAUCGUGGGUGAAAAGUCAGUUUUCGGUUGUUAUUAUGUUUAUCUGUGGUUGCCAUGGAAACAGAAAAUACUGUCAAAACAUCAAUUGUGUUUAUUAAAAUAAAGUUACAGUACAAAAAAC